AGCAAACUAUAAAAUUAACACAGUCAACCAAUGGUGGCUGAAGACACCGUCGCCGCCCACAAGCCCUCGCUCGAAGUCACCGGCAAGGUCACUGCUGGCAAGGCGGAGGAGGAAUUCCGCAACUACAAAGACUCGGACAGACACGCUCUCGUCACUCGCCACUACGCACUCAUGCGCAAGAACCAGACCGUAGCCUUCCAGGAGAAGAUGCAGGCCAAGUACGGCUCCUUCUCCAACACCAAGAUGACUGUGUGGGAGGCUUUCGCGGCACUCAAGGGAUACGUGGACUCGUCCGACCCGGACUCGUCACUGCCCAACCUCGAGCACAUGCUACAGACUGCGGAGGGUAUCCGUGCUGCUGGUCACCCGGACUGGUUCCAACUCGUCGGUCUGUUGCAUGAUAUGGGGAAGAUCCAGUACCUUUGGGGUCACCCUGAAGACGGACAGGAGGGCACCGCUGACGGAGACCAGUGGGCUCUGGGAGGAGACACGUGGGUUGUAGGCUGCAAGAUCCCCGACUCGGUUGUCUUCCCGGAGUACAACUCCACCAACCCGGACAUGAGCGACUCGCGUUACAACACUGACUCUGGCAUGUACGAGCCGCACUGUGGCUUCAAGAACCUCAAGUUCGCUUGGGGCCACGACGAGUAUCUGUACCAGAUGCUCAAGUUCAACGAGACUACUAUCCCGGAGGAAGGUCUGGCGAUGAUCCGCUACCACUCGUGCUACCCGUGGCACAACAAGAAGGAGUACAAGCACCUGAUGAACGAAGACGACGAGGAGUUGCUGGACUGGGUGCUCGAGUUCAACAAGUUCGACCUGUACACGAAGGCAGAUGUGCGUCCAGACGUCGAGAAGCUGUGGCCGUACUACCAGGCAAUUAUUGACAAGUACCUCCCCGGCAAACUGUGCUGGUAA